AUUAGUAAAAAAAAGACCCCCUCCUAUUGUCACGUUCCCUAAAUAACUUUCCAAAGGACGUAUCUCCAUUGUACAACCGGCUCUCGCCGCGCACACGCAACCGCCGGUUGACGUGUAAGUUUACACCUGCGGGUGGCUUCCCAAGUGAUUGCCUACUUGGGGGAAUCGGACCCAGGCCCCAGGUUGCUCAGAGGUGUGCACGCACGACGUGGCGCUGGGACUCAUAGGCUGCGGGUGGCUGGGACUCACGAAGAUUCACCUCCCCAAACCUAUCCAGAAGCUCGCGUUCUAAUAGCUCGGUUGAAGAGGUAAAACAAAAAAAAUGCUACCGUUUUUUUUUUUUAUUCACGAACUGCACCGACAAAACAAAAACCUGUUUAAAACUCACAGGUGUCGGAAAAUCCGGAUCCGAUCCCGGGUUUUAUUUACGGUGCUCGCCCGGUGUCCCGGCCACCGUCGCAUUGCUCUCUGCAUCGCUACGCAAACGGCUGUCGGUUUGUCUCUUUAAAUGUUGCGGUGCGCUUGCCGUAGCUGGCGGGUGGUGAUAGAUGACAGGGCUUUGGCCGCCCCCAAAACCUCCUCACCGGCUCGAAAAAUUGUUCACAGGCCACAGAGCCAAACCUCCCAGAGCCCGACUCGGCGAGAAUGCGCAAGGCCGCCACAGACGACAAUUCGUGAAUCCAUGAUCCGGGGGGGGCGGGGGGGGGGGGGUUCGUCAAACACUCGUCAGUCUAUCACUUGCUCUGCCAACGGCCCUCUCGUUUUAGAACUUACAUUCAGUACACUGCUCCCGAUUCAGUCCAUGUGUUGCGAUCAGCUGCCUGAGCUGCCCGGCUACCGUCAGUACCACAAGUGUAAAAAUCUCAUUCAACCGAUAAAUAAAUGCACAGUUAAGCCGCCUACGUGAACGGCACAAGAUGUCACACCUCACCACGUCUGCGCCGUGCGUCGACCAAUGUAGCAAAAGAGGUGGCAUGUUGUGACAAUGAGCAGCAAGUUUCGAGACUUUGUGAAGUAAAUUCCGCGUCUCUCAUCUUUUUUGCAGGAGCACGAGGCCGCCACGGCACCGGGUGAAUAAAGGCCGUCGAGGCGCGGGAUGAGCGGUGGAAUGCGCUACGAUGGACGCUUUGGAAACCACGUCCGGCCACGGGCGGGGGGGCGCCGCUUCUGCCGUCUGAACCAUUGACAAACCGCGCGGGCUCCAACGGAGAAGCCGAGCGUUGUCCCCGGUGAGGAGCGGCCACAGCCACUGGGGCGAUGGCGCCGAGCACGUGAGCGCCCUCCAUGGCCGCGGCUCCGAUGCUAUGACGAGCACCGGGCCAGUGGCGCCACCACCACUUCCUCCUCCUCUUCCUCCUCCCGCAUCGAUGAUCGGCAAGGACAGCGCUGUCGAGCAGGCCGGUCGCUCUCCCGGCAAAGCUGUCGACGCGGCAGACAGACCCCGCGCCUCGGCAGCCACAUCCCUGGAGGCCGCGGGGCGGCCCGUGGAGCUGGGCCCCGCCAAGCCGGCGGUGGUCGAUCGUCAUGGUGACCGUGACGACGAUCGGAGCGGACCGACAGAUCGGGCUGCCGUCGCUGGAGUUGCGCACGUUGAGUGGCGCCGGGCGGCCGCUUGCAGCGGCAGAGAGGAAGCCGGGGAGAGGCCCGCGCUGCUCGCAGAACCGCACUCAAAGGCCAACCACGUGCAGGAGCAGCAGCGGCAGCAGCAGCAACAGCAGAAGCAGUGUGAGGAGUGGGAGCACUGCUUGGGAGCCCUGACUGUCCCCAGCCGUGGAAGAAGAAGGUCGCGAGGAGGGAGGUCACACAGAGAGCGCCUGCUCACGAGGCUGCCUCCAGCGCAGCUGGGCCCUGACCUCGAGACUCCCGGCCCUGCGUGGAGCCCUGGGAGGUCGCCUCCCAGCAGUGCGGUUCGCGGUAAGCGGUGGCCCGGCGCGGCGCACGAACCGCCGCCGCCACAUGGCACGAGCGGUGCCUGCGGAGGUGUUGGGAGGAGGAGGCGGCACUACUGCCGGGACGGGGAGGACAAGCUGAAGAAGCCGGGCAAGUACGCGUGCUCCUACUGCGGCAGGGCAUGCGCCAAGCCGAGCGUGCUGAAGAAGCACGUCCGCAUGCACACGGGCGAGCGACCAUACCCGUGCCUGGCCUGCGGCUUCUCCUUCAAGACGAAGAGCAACCUCUACAAGCACUGCAAGUCACACGCCCACGCCGUGCGGGCCACGCCGCUCUGGCCCGCUGACGAGUCGGGCAAGGGGCUUGCGCCUGGCGUGGACUCGGAGGAUCCACCGGGCGGCCCGUCGGAUGGGGAGAGAACGGACACGGAUGUCGAGUGCUGUGUGGACGAGCUUGCUCCCCGCGACAUCGACGCCUCAGCAGGGGGAGCUUUCAAAGCGCGACAGGAAAUAUGGACAUCGCCACGGGCUGCGCCGGCCCUCUUCGGUGAAGAGCAGGAGGUGAAGGAGGAAGUGCCGAGCCGCUGUUUUGCAAAUAAGGGCGUUUCGGAUGCACGCAGCGAGGAAUUCCUUCCAAGGGAGACGAUGGGGAAGGGAAACGGCGUCGGCGAAGGAGAAGUCACACCGGGCCUGGCUGCCUCCGCCCUGCCACAGAUGGUGGUGGUCGCGGCGGGCCAGGGUGGCCGCGCCGUCGCCGAAAGCGGGCAGCGGAGCGUAGGCGUGCAGCAGCAGGCUCCCACGGCGGCGGCGAGCGACAACGAUCUCCGCUCGGCGAAGCACCGGCUGUGGCGCAAGCGGGAACUGGAGUCGAACUCGUCGGGGCACCUCCUCACGCCUAGUCCGUUCAGCAGCAAGGGGAGCACUGACUCGGGGUACUUCUCCCGCUCGGGCAGCACUGAACUGUCGCUGGCCAGCCCGCUCGCGCCGAUCACUGUCACCUGCACCGGCGGCGGCGGUGGCGGCUACAAUGCGCCGUCAUUCGCCUUCCAAGGGUCGGCGGGCAGGGGUCGAGUGACCGAGCGUUAUGCGCACACGGGCUGGCGUGGUGAGACUGUGGAGGACGACGAGGAGGACGGCGAGGAGGAGGGGGGGCCAGCGGAUGCGAGGACAUGGAGCGACCCUGCGCUCUCUCGCCGAGGAGGCGGCGCUGGUGCCGGCAGCGGCGCCGGUACUCAGGGACCGCACCCCUGCCACGACUCCGGCCGCCGCAGGAGCUCGAGCGCCGACCCUCCCGUGAGCGUCGUCUCCGGCGGCGCCAAAUGCCAGAGCGGGGAGUUUUUGGACGUGCCUGUGUUCGAGACGGGCGGUUUCUUCCGCAGCAAUUCCAUGCCGACGUGCAAUCCAUCGCGGAGUGGUCAUUCGCCGGCUGGGCACCCAGCCGGCGCAAGCCUGUCAUUCGACGAGUGCUUCCCGAGGAAGGGCGGCUCCAUCGGCGGAUCCUCUCCGGCGCUCGCGUACGGCACAAACCCUCGACCGCUGGUGAGGCAGCAGGCCGUAGAGCUCCCGGCCUGCAGGGACAUUCAAGGGAGGCAGUUUCACGAACAGACGAAGGUCACAUCCGUAAUAUGGCAAAGCAGCGGCAGCUUGCUCUCUGAAACGGUGGUCCCGCUGGGAAAUAAGACGGCCGUGGCCCCGAGUUGCCAGGGCGAUAAUGUGAGCGUCAACCGCACAGAGAGGGACGUGGUCACGGCGAGGCUGUUUCACUGUCCGGGGGCCUUGGACCGCACCUCGCUGCAGGGAAAACGGAGAAAACCCAAAAGCGUCAGGGACGAGGACGAGCCGGACUUUGUGACGGGCGAGACUUUAGUGUCAGGCGGAGGUGAGCCGGUGCAGGAGCCGCCGAUGGACGUCACUGGAGUUGGCGCGGGUCCCACUGCGGUGCUGCAUUGGCACGAGCACACCCCCUUUGGGAAGCGUGAGUCACCAGUGGGGGCCAUUGCCAACACGCCGUCGGAGUCACCCGCCGAUGCGGCCGCCGGGUUCGUGCCGCGACGCGGCCAGAGUCUGGAAAGCGUCGUGGGCCGGCAUGCAGGCAAGAACGAAAUCUCCGUCAUCCAGCACACCAAGUUGCUCGGCCGCCCCCGCUCAUUUGAAAAGGCCGAUGCGGGGCGCUCCGGCUGCGUCGUGCUCCGCCAGUCCCUGUCGGCGGACCAAGCCCGAGACAGCGUCACGGUUCGGCAGAACUUCCCUGCGACGGCUGCCAGCGAGAAGGAGGAUGGCGGUGCAAAGAUGCGUGGGGGCGCGCAGCCCGACCCGCAAGCGCCGCGCAACGGGAGACUCAUCCGGCAAAGUAAAAUUCCGGAAAUCUUGGUGACGGUGGAACCGGACGGCGACCAACAGCAGAACGACUACCUCAAGGAGAAGCCCGGCAAGAAGCGGGAUGAAGAGUUCCAGUGGCCGCGGAGGAGCGAGACCCUGGAGAAGCUUCCGGCCGAGAAGCUGCCCCCCAAGAAGAAGCGGCUGCGCCUCUCCGAGCUGGGCAACGCCUCCAUUGAGUCGAGCAACGACUCCUCCGUGUCGGCCCCGCUCUCCCGCAGCCCGAGUGCGGACGGCACCCUCUCGCGCUGCUCCAGCCUCUCGUCGGCCUCGCUCGACCACGCCGAGGUGGGUGACGACGAAAAGCCCAAGAAGGAGCCAGCGGAGAAGUCCGGGGAGGAGGGCGCCGCCCUGUUUCUGACCGUGCCGGGCGCGCCGCCUUCCCCGCUCCAGCCGCCCGGCGGGGGGAUGCGCCGCACCGCGUCGGAGCACGAGCCGUGCGGCGCGGGCCCCGGGCCACAGGGGGGCCGAAGCAGGUCGUUCGACGACGGGAUCCUGUCGGCGCCCUGCGUCCCCGUCGCUGACGGUUUCGGACGAGCGGCCGCGGCGGGAGAGCGCCGGAAGGCGUACCUGGAGCACCUGGCGAGCUUGAACGGACACCCCGAGGCGGCUCGCGCGGCGGCAUCUGCUAUGGCGGUGGAUGGUUAUUUGCACCUGCACAGUGCCAAAGAGUACUCCAAGCUGCUGGAGAGUUGCGGUGCCUCACCGGCUGACGUUCAGCAGCAGUCCCAGCGUCAGUUCUUCCGCCGAGAAAUCCCACAGCGCAUCGGAGCGUAUGCUUUGUCUUCGGAGCGUCCAGGAUCAAAGCCAUAUCUGCUGGAGCACGCUUUGACCGUACAGAGACUGGACUCCGAGCUGCACAGGCCAAACCUCCAGUGGGCUCCCCACCAUGCCUCCGUUCCGCCGCCAUUCCCGCCGCUCCCUCUCACCCACCGUCCCCACACUCAGAACAAUCUCCUGCUGUGUCACCAGCAAAAGCAGCACUUUCCCAGGCACGCGUUUCAAAAUCCUUUCGAACGCUUUCACUCGGAGAGCUCGUCUCGCCCUCCGGCUUGGCAAGCGAAGGCUGUGCAGCAGGCAGUGCCGAGUCACGUGGCAGACACUCGCUCGAUGGGAGCCGUGUCCAAACAGUGGCGAUCGACCCCCGUUGACGUUGGCUUGAAAAACCAUCGCUCGUCCGACCCCCAGCACACGCCGUCCGCCAACACAACCGCCCCGCACGUGGCGCACGCAGCAUUGCCGAGGGCUGACGUGGGGGCGGCCCUCGCGCUGCGGACGUGCGGCCGCGUGUUACAGCCGUCGCCGUUGGCGUCAGCGGUGCCCGUUCGCCGGCCCUCCGUCUUGGAACCCCACCCUGGCCGUGCCAUCUUCACGUCGCCGUCUCAGCUCGCCCACCCCCGCCUGUGCCAGCCUGCCGUGGUAGUCUGCCACGUGACCGGUGAGGAGGGAGGCGCCGCUCUGAUGGGUUCCUCUGACGAAGCGCCGCAGCGUUCUGCGCGGGCGGCGACGCCGCCGCCGCUGCGCGGCGAGGCUUCCCAUCUCGGGGUUUCUGCUUCGGUCUUGCAGAGGGACCAAUGCGCCGCACGCCUGGGAGACAUCAUGCAGGCGGCGCCGCCGGGCUGUCAACUGCUACCUGGUGCCAGCAGCAGGUUGGGUCUCGACAAAGGGGAGGAUCGGCCCCGCGGCACCGCCGACCCAUCGCCGCGGCGAGGGACUAACGGCGAAGUGAGAAAGCAAGCGGAGCCCCCUCGGCUGAGGAAGCCAGUGCUCGUCCGGCAGUUCUGCACGACGGAGCCCGUGGAACGCGACGGCUCCCCCGCACGCUGCGACGCCGCCGUGAGCGCGUCGCCAGCGUUGUUGCCGGCGGUCCCGGGAGCCCGUCUUGGAGAUGUUCAAGGCGCCCCUGCGGACGAUGCUCGGACCUCCGAGCUGCCCUCCCAGCAACCCGACGGUCACGGCCUCACGGACACGACGGCCGCACCCUGUCCGCCCCAGGGGCUCGCCACCUCCAAGUCGGCGGUGCAGGUGCGGGUGCUGCUGCCAGCCGGGGCGGCAGCCCACGGGGGCUCCGGCUCUAUCACGGUCCCCGUGCUGCAGACGGUGGCCACCCCGAGUCUGCUGGUCCACGUGGGCCCCCGGCCGGGCCUCGCCGUCCUCGUGGCCGACCUGGCCGAGGUUCAGCAGCUGAUCCUGCCGGGCCUGCACACGCUCACGCCGGCGUCCUGGUGCCUCCUCAAUGCCCGGGCGCGACCAAGCACCGUCGCCGACACCACCACCACCACGACUACGGACGGCAAGGCCUCGGUGUAUGGGCCGUGGGAGCCGGCUAAGAGCGGUGACAGCCUCUGCGGUGGCAUUCUCCCCGGCGUAUCUACGCACGCUGCGCUGGCACUCCUGCGGUCCAGGCAGCGGGCGGGGCCGUCCACCUACAGCACGGCGGGCGCCUGCCCCGCCAACGCCUGCGCCCUCGUCCACUCGGGCUGGUGGAGGAGGCCUCACGUGGCGCAGCCAAUACCGGCGGUGAAAGUUUGCACCCCACUGGGGAAGCCAACCCCGACCGUCGCGGGCAGCCGCGAGAAGGAGCUGGAGCGAGAGCAAGCGAGGGAGAGCGCGCGGGAGAGCGCGCGGGAGAGGUCGGCGAAGGGUCACCACGACUCUCCGUCGCGCGCUGCUAAACCCGCACUGCCCUGCCGCAUCAAGAUCUUCGAUGGCGGGUACAAGUCGAACGAGGAGUACGUGUACGUGCGGGGCCGCGGGCGAGGCAAGUACGUGUGCGAGGAGUGCGGCAUCCGCUGCAAGAAGCCCAGCAUGCUGCGGAAGCACAUCCGCUCGCACUCCGACCUCCGACCUUACCGUUGCCACAUCUGCAGCUUCGCCUUCAAGACUAAAGGGAACCUCACCAAGCACGUCAAGUCCAAAGCUCACAGCAAGAAGUGCCUGGAGAUGGGAAUGAGCGCAAUGAUGGGAGACGACCCCGGGGAGCAAGAUCCGGAGUGGCAGCCGUCUCCAGGAGCCAGGGAGGAUCACCAGUUUUCCGAUGCCGACGACUCGGAUCGAGAUCGCGACGACGACGACGAUGACGACGACGAAGACGACGAGGACGAUAACGACGAAGGAUUGGCGGCUCUCGCGGCGCUCAGAUCCGACGGGAACCUCGGGAGCGCUUCUCCUCUGGGCAGCUGGGAGCCGUGUGGGACUGGAGAACCCGGGGCCCGUUCCGCCGGAGGAUGGCCGAGCACCGCCGACGCCGCCUUCGACGACGACGACGAAGUCGCCCGCCUGACGCUGAGGCUGCGAGCAUCACUCCACGGCGCCGCCUCCAUCUCCGCCGCGCAUCCCUCUCCUCCGCCGCGGCACGAUGCGGCGCCCGCUUUCGCGGUGACGCCCGGCGGAAGCUCGCCAUCGCAAUGCUCGAGGGCACUCCUGGGUCGCUCUCUCGCCGGCGGAGGCACGAGGUCGCCACCGUACGACGCGCCGGGCCGCGGCGCGCGGCCCGGCAAGGGAGCGCCGCUGGCGCCGUCUCCAAAUCGCCUCGGCGUUCUGCUCGAGCGCGCGAUGCGGGACCGGCCUCGCCUCGCCGGGGGCUGCUCGCCGAGCCGGCCGCGGGCGGUGCCGCGCGACGGCUCGCCUGCCCCCGGUCGGCACGGCGCGUUCCGGACGCACUCGCUGUCGCCGUACCGGCGCGACGUGGCGAGGGAUAGGCCCCCGUCCCCCGGCGGCGCAGGCCGCACCCACUCGCUCUCGCCGCACAGAGGCGGCGCGGCCCGGCUCACCGACGACCCCGCGGUUGUGGCGGCGGCGCCUCCUCCCGCCACGGCACGAUCCCCGCCGGCGCUUGCCGUGCGCGGUGCUGGCGGCGGGCGGGCGGACCCGCUGGUCUCCGCGGCUCCGCGGCCGCAGCAGCCUCCGUUCGCAGACGCCGCCCGCUGUGGCCUGACGGCUUCCGCGCAGCAUCCUGGGAGUUUGGCCGGAGACCCCCCGGGGAGUAAAGGAAGAGGCUCCUUGUACGAGGAGCAGGCCGCCCAGUGCUACGCUGCCGUCGGGCCCACGUCCGGCAACGGCGCCCAUGCGCAGCCCCCGGACGAUCGCCACUUCGGCGCCACCCCCGGUGGUCCCGCCCGGCCCUUCCCGAGCAAGCCGCGCCAACUCUCGACCCGCCUCCUGCAGCUGCCGAAAGCGCUGCCGCACGCGGUGGCCGUGGUCGGCAGCGUCCACAUGAUCGACAUGAGCAGGGUGGCCCGGGCCGCCGGCUCCACCUCCUCCUUCUCCUCCUCCUCCCUCGACGAAGAGGCCGCGGUGGCGUUCGCCCCCGAGCGCCUGGCCGAGCCGUCGUUCGCCGGCGCCCCCCGCCGCCGCCACCGCGGGACGCCGCCCCCGGUCGCGGGCGUCGUGACGAGCACGGCGCCCGACUGCCCGGACACGUUCGCGUUCGGCUCGGGGCACGCCGCCGUCCGCUUCCGGGCCGAGCCUCCGGAGUUUUGCGCGGCGGCGGCGGCGGCGGCGAGGAGCGGAGGGACGACGGCGACGGGGAGGGGUGGAGGCGACCCCUGCGAGCUGGCGGCGCUGCCUCUGUCCGUCUCGUGCUCCGUGGUGGAGGCGGUGCCCCCGAGGCCGCGCCGGACGGAGGAAAGCGGAGUGCACGGUUCCGGACGGAGGCCCCUGCCGGUCAGCGCCGGGGUUUCGGAGACGGCGGCGACGACGUGACCGGGGGAACGGGGGGGGGGGGGGUUGGCUGUGAGACCUCUCACCGGAUAUUUUUCCGGCUCGUUGGUGCCCGUUAGAAUGGAGCGGGCGCGUGACUCGCAGCGAGAGGCGUUAUCGAUGCGGUGUGCCGGGGGGCGCGGAAUUAUUUUUGAGGUUGCCGUCACCGGACCAAUCGGGCCGAAACGAAUCCCUGGACGUAACAUUCCACCUCGUUGAGCUCACGACGCCGGUUCGCAUCGCAAGUGACGGUGAACUUUGAAACCGUAAUGGACAAUGCAACAUGCACCAGGAGGAUCUGAUAGAGUUAGUGACGUCAUUCAUUCACGCAUUUCGGAGUUCUGUUUUGUAAUUCCCCCAACUGUGCCAUCGCGGUCACGUCUUGAGACAAAAUAUCAAUUUGCAUCUCUCAUAGAGAAGUGCAACCUCUUCAUUUUAGGGAGUGGCCCACUGUGGAAGUGGAUACCACAGAGCUAUGUCUGAGAUACCUACAAAUGGACCCUUGUUUCACAGAGUAGGGGGCAGCACUCUCCGAUCUGCACUACACAUGAGUAAUAUUCGUCGCAUGGCAGUCGACGCCACCUUCCACGACGGUUUUUGGUGACCGGGCUAACACCAUCCAGUCACUCCACUUGAAUCCUGGUUUAAUCACAGACGGCUGCCUGGAUUUGACCCCAGGAUCUCAGCUUCGCCAGCUCACUCCUCGAACCUCCGAGCCACUCGGCCACCUCAAGCGUUGUUUUCUUUUAAAUAAUAAUAAUAAAGUUGACAAUGAUACACAACCGGUCAGCACGGUUGACUAUGUACGGUGCGAAAGAAGUUCAACAUGCAUACGUGCCGGCCUUCAUAAGCGCUCGCUAACAACACGCGAACCUCAUCAAUUCAGCUGGUGUGUGCCAUUCACCGUUGCCGCGCGGUGUCGCUCUCCGUCCUGCCGUGCCUGUGGUGCCCACGAAGAAUCCCAAAUGUCUUGCCCUGCAUGCGUUGGUCUCCGCAUCUAUCCUCUCCUCGUGCCGCUCCACCAACAAUGCGCGUUCCGAGCGCUGGCGUCCGUCGCGUGCGAGAGAUAUUUUUUGGGACGUGCGGCUCGAGGGGACGAGGAGAUGGAACGCUGCCGGUGAACCGUGCUUGAGGGCCCAACAAACACCACCAGGGCCGCACAGAUGAGGGAAGUGAAAGGAGGAUUUUGCCACAGGCCUCAAACAAAAAAAAAGCUCAAACCACGGGACUAUUUGUUUUUUUGCGAAAGAAUAAGGGGCAGCCCCAACAUGGCAUUCUCACCCUGGGGCCCUCCAAGCCCAGGCUUUCAGGAACCUCCGAUUAGCACGGCG